UCAACUAUGACAGACAAAUAUGACAGGAGAACUUGCACCAUUGGUGGCUGACUAAAUACUUUUCCCCCCCACUGUACUUCCUCACUCUGUCUGGUAGCUAUGUACAGACACUCAGACAUGGGAGUAGUCCCAUGAUGUGUAGUCUUACUCUUUAAGCCUAGCAUGCAGGGCUGCAUUAUGUGCAAUGCAUACCAUUUUAUAUGCUUUUCUCAAUCUACCUAAAGAGGCAUUUUCAAGGUUGAAAACCAGUGUCUUUAUAGGUUGGCUGAAGCCAGGUGUGUUUCUCCCAAAGACAAUGGCCUUUGUUGAGAAAGCCAGCAUUAUGUAUGCCAAGUGUGAAUUCAGUUUGUUUUACAAUAGUUAGCUGGCUAAUCUAUAAGGCUUCCAUCACUCAGUUUGACCUUUUUCUUUUCAUGUUGUCCAUUAUGAUUCAAUGUGUGCAUGUAUGCUUGUGAUUUCUACAAAUGCUUGUGUCUUUGUAAAUCUUUUGCUGUCUUCACAAUUUGAUAAAAAAAUAGAUUUCCUGAUUUGUGGGAAUGUUUUGGUGAAGAUGAAACAGCUCAUGUGUAGGUAAUUCAAUGCUUUGAUUUAAGUAAAUGUCUUCUCAUUCAUUAACUUGGGUCAGAACACUAAGCGGUGGUUUCCCGGACACAGAUUAAACCUAUUCCUGGAUUUAAGAGUAUUCUUUUUGUACAAGCGUUAUGUCAGCCAGCUAAACUCUGUGUCUUCUUAGUUAAUGUUCAGUGUGGCCACUGGCAAGUAGUCUCAUCUGCACAGUGCAAUGGGUGGAGCGUAUCCAUGGGUUACCUGACGAGACAAGGGUGCAGGAGCAAGCAGAGUAGCCCUUUCCUCCUUUUAAACUAAAGACAAGCCAACUGCUGGACUACAUUUACUUAGUGAAGAAAAAACCACCUCUGUCCAGGUAAGAGGUUACUACUACGUAAUCUUUGCGAUAAUCUCACUCAUGCAGUUAUGAGUUGUGACAACCAGCUUGAAGCUAUUACCUGUAUGUGGUGUCGUGAACGUCGGCCAUUUCAUGUGGCUUGUAAACAUAUCUUCCUGUUACAACUGUUCAAACAAUGAGGCCAUGUACAAAUACUUUCCUUUAUGGUGCUACUAAUUCGUAUUGGAACUUCCAGUGCUCCAUUGUGAGCGAAUGGUUUGUGGUUAGGUAUGAGUGUGAAUGAAAGCCCUGUUUUACAAUGUAUUAUUUGUAUAAUUGAGUCACUGGCAGUGAUAUGGAGGUUUUGACGCAGGUUGGUAACCUUGGCAGACGUUUUCUUUCCACUAACAAACCCGUGGACGAUAUGCUAUCUGGCUGGUAUCGACUCACCCAACCUGGGACGGUUGACCUUCGGGCCCUCCUGGACUCUGAGCAGCGGAGGAGAGAUCUGGAGGUCAGUCUGGCUCAGGUCCAAAAUGCCCUGCAGAAACAGAGGGUCAGAAUGCUCCAUAGAAUGGGCCCAGGGAGCCAACAUGCACUUCCCCAGAUGCUUGUUUUGAAUCUUGGGCAGAUCAAACGACCAGUAAACCUCCAUCCCAGUCUGUUUUCAGGGAGCAACUACAUCCCACCAUAUGGUGACCUUUAUACAAGAGUGGGCAGGCUAGAGUUAGACUUGGAGAUCAUUAGCGCCCAACUGGACCAGGUUCUCUGUUCUGGAGGAAAGCGUCUCCACGGGAAUGGACCCCCACCCCAACAGGACAGCUUGACUCCUGAGAAAUGCUUCUGUACCGUUCGCCCACAGUGCCAGAGGGAGGACCAUAAUAUGACCUCCCAGCUUAUUGCUCAAGCAGUGGACAAAGGACAACUUCUGAAAGAGCGAGACAACCUUGAGCGUCUACUGGAGGAUUCCAGGGCCCAGCUGCAGCUGAUGGAGCAGGGGAGGGAGGCCCAGAUAGCAGCCCUUCACUCCCAGCUGUACCAGGCACGCUCCAGCCUCCAGGAGACCCACAGAGGGAGACUGGCCACACAGGCAGAGCUACAUGGCAGCAAGCAGAUAAAUGAGUCCCUGCUACAGGAGGUGGCAUCUCUCAGACGGAGGCCGGGGGCUGCAGAGGAGCGGGCCUCCCUGAUGGAGAGUGACGGACGCCUUCUCAGGGCUCGCAUAGCAGCACUGGAGACUGAGCGGGAGGAGCUGCUUCAACAAGGACACCUCGCCACAGGGAGACGACAGCCCUCAGCCUUUGGGAGCGCUUGGGAAAUGGAUGUGGAAGAUGCCGAAAAGUCAAAGGAGGGGGUGAGGGAGGAGAGUGCCGUGGAGGAGGAAGAUGAGGAUGAGGAAAAUUAUGAAGAGGAGAGAGUAGAAGGGAAGAAUGUGUCUGUGGACUUAAGACUUCAGAUCCAUGAGGUGCCUCUCUCUAAGCCUGGCCCACAUAUAACGGAAGAGAACCAGGACAGAGAGGAGAAAGGGCCGGGAUUGGUCGAUCGCUGGAAUCCAUGGCAGCACGAGCCAAUAGAAGCCAAUCAAAUGAACUUGUCCUUUCUGCAGAUGACUGCACUGAUCAUAGAGCUGCAGCAGCUGAGAACGGCCUGUGAAGAGACAUCAUCCACACUACCUGUCUCCCCCAAGGGCCAGAGAGUGGCUGGAAAGAGCUGCUCUGCUCAAGGUAGGACUGCCAACCCAGAGUCUCCCAGAGGCUUAUUCUCUCAACAAGCAGUUAAGCUAUUUUUCUAAUAACUGAAUUGAAUCAAUUAUGUAUUGAAUUAAUGAAAAGAAUGUGGACAGAUUUCUGUGUGGGAAUACCAUUGUGUGUUUAUGCUUCUACAGUUGGCAUGGCCAAUAUGUGCUACUAUACCAGUGGUUCCAGUUAUAUUGCCAAUACCUGUUAUUUUGUUUGAAAGUCUGUUUUUCUCUGUGUGGGAGAGAUGGAGGAGAAUAGGAAUGGGCUGGCUGUCCUGGAGAGAGACUGGAGUUCUUCAGGUGGUACCUCCAGGAUCAUUGGCAAAGGAAGAAGUAACCCACUACAUUCACCUUGAUCCUUGACUAUGUAGGACCACAUUUCCAUAUUCUCCACAAUCAUCGAUGCUUUCUUUUACAAAGACAUGUCUGUUUGCAUAUGCAAUAAAUCAUGUCUCAAUCAAGACAGCAGGAAGUGUUCAGCUGAGUCGCUGCGUAUUAAAUUGUGAUCUGAAGUACA